AUGAGCUUUCUCGGUAGUAUGCUCGACUCGAUCGGGUCAGGCAAGGCACCUCCGCCCAGGCCGCAGCAUGCUAAGCCGACCGGUGCUGGCGUCCCUCGCACAGCGUCCCCUGCUCCGAAGCCACAGCAUUCAACGACUGGCGUAUCUCAGGCAAGCACUCUCAAGCGGAAAGCCGAAGACACCGCAUCGGUCUCUACCAACAAGGCCAACAAGCCAAUCACAGCUCCGCCUGGUACGAUUCCUGCUAAGAAGCCGACACUGCCAGCGAAGCCGGUCCCAUCAGUGGCCAGCAAACUCGCUAGCACAACUCAGCCAGCAACGCAGGUCCGAGAUAGCAAUCACAAGACCACUACAAUUGCUCCUGCCUCUCCAGCAAAGCCGGCGCCAGCCAAGGGAUCUUUUGCUGAUCUGAUGGCAAGAGCCCAGGCGCAGAACGCUCCUCAGACUUUCGGCAUAAUCAAACACACCAAGGCUACGCCGAAGGAGAAGUUGUCUCGAAGAGAGCAAGAGCGUCGCAACGCCAAGGCUAGUACGCGGACUGAGAAGUCAGGCAGCGGAGCAAUUGGUAAGCCUGAGAAGAGCCGCAGUGCUAGUCCUACGAAGGAUGCGGUGCAAUCAGGCCGAAUCACAAAGCCCGGCCCUCCGAAGUCGACCUACAAAGGCACACUGGGCUUGUCUACGGGCCGCAGCAAACCCCGCCAGGCAAACAAAUCUCGGUUCGACGACUACCUGGGCACAGACGAGGAAGAUAACAGUGAGAUUGAAGACCAGGGCGAGGAUGGCUACGAGAGCUCAGACAUGGAAGGCGGCUUCGACGACCUUGAGAUGGAGGAGGCGCAGGCCAUCAGAGUUGCAAAGCAAGAAGACGCUCGGGAAUUGGCAGAGGAGAAUCGCCUGAAGGCUGAGAAAGAAGAGCGUCGACGUCGAUUGGCUGCUCUUGCGAAGAAGGGGCGGAAGUAG